GAUAAAAACGAUGGAACAUUUAUUUCAGUCCUGAUUCUUCGAAAGUAAUGUUCUGGAAAAAUUUGAAUGAGUAAUUAAUUAAGUCUAAAUUAAUUUUAUAAGCGAUUUCUUACGUCUAUCAGAUAAAAAGAUAAAUCUAUAUAUAGCUUGCUUUAAAAUCCGGAUCCACUUUUAGCACAACUGCGUAAACAGCAGCAAAGUUGAGUGCUUGUUAUUUAAUGCCUACACUUUGUGGAAAAACCAGUUAUUAAUUCUUACAGCAUUUGUCCUCCGCGUUUAGAAAUGGUUGCGGACAGGAAAGGAAUCGUUUUCAAUCAUCACCUUUGUUCUGUAUACACGCUAAGCUUAUAACCAGCUUUCGUGAUCGUGUGUCAGCUAUCACUCGGCGAAUCACACAAAGAUUUUUUGUUUGUUCUGGUUUGUGCCAUUAAUCUCUGUUUUUAAGAGUCGCAGAGUCGCAAUUACUAGCACACCAUGACAAUGGAGGGCUGCCCCAAAUGCAUGAAGAUAACUCUGGUCAUCUUUAAUGUUCUUGUCUUGCUGGUUGGCGGUGUGGUUCUAGGACUUGGUAUUUACGCUCACGUCACAGACUUCAUUACUGGUUUAUCUGCUGUGGUCGGUAGUGACCUCUUCAGAGCAGGUUCCAUCUUGAUCAUUGUGGCAGGAGCCUUGAUGGUGGUCAUCUCCUUCCUUGGUUGCUGUGGAGCAUGGCAGGAGAACCGCAUCAUGCUUGGAAUGUACUUUGCUACCAUACUGAUCUUGGUGGUCUUCUUUAUUGCCGCUUCCAUUUCUGGCUUUGUUUUCAGGGAUAAGAUGCGGGGAUACUUGGAGCAAGAGGCCGAAAAAAGCCUGAUAAAGGAUUACGGCUUUAAUACGCAGGUCACCAAUGACUGGGAUGUCAUUCAAACCAAGUUGGAAUGCUGUGGUGUCAAGGGUGACCAAAAUUCAGAGACUUCUUGGGCAAUCUAUAAGAUUAAGACCGAAUGGUUCAAGAACAAUUCUACAGGACAGUACGUACCCAACUCCUGCUGUAGCCCAACAUCCAACAAAGGUCGGUGCACGGGAGUGGUGCUGGGUAUGACACUCGGGCCACCUAGGGACGGUCCUCCGAUCACAGCAUUUAUGGACGAGAACGACGAUUUGUACAAGACAGGAUGUUAUGACAAGUUCUGGAACUUUAUCGAGACGCACGCACUUAUCGUUGGGGGCGUUGCCAUUGCUGCCAUCAUUGUAAUGGUUAUUGCGCUGAUCUUCUCCAUCUGCGUGUGCCGAGAAGUCGUCAAGCAGGGCACCAUUGUGUAGGGUCGUGACCCGAACAGCCGAGGAUUUGGACCAUCUCUGUGCUGCACAUAAGAAGUGGUGUGACAUAUGUGACUAAUUGCACUUGCCGUGUAAAGAACAGUUGAAGUCACCGGAGACAAAAACUCGUGCGUGUGCUGUGUUUUAACAAAGCUGUGUUGGUACAGAAUGUUGAUGUUUAUCGGGUUAGCACAUCUAAGUCAUUCAAAUUUCUGAGGGGUAAUUUUUGCUAUUACUAUGCUAUUACUGACAGACCUAACACAAGAGACACAAGGACACACUGUAACACUUUCUCUUUCUAUCCACCAUUAUUUUACACACGCGCGCGCACACACCUGCACGAACACAAACACACCUGAACACACACAUACACCGGCACACACAUCUGCACGCGCAUACUCUUUUCCUCUUUCACUAGCAGUUGAUUGACCAAAACUUGAAAUUCAUCAAAACUUGAACACAAAAUAUAACUUGUCAGCUUGCAGUGGGCAGUUCGCCCUUGCGCCAUGGGCCAUGCUAAAACUCUCUUCACUUAUUCGUACUGUGGGCAGCACCUUUGAUUCAUCCUUCUGGGGUCGAAUGCAUCUGAAAGUAUGUGUGACCUUCGACGCACUCUCAUGUGCAGAAAAAGACACGCAGGUACACAAUUCAACUUUACAAAGUAAGCCCUUUGAUGCACAGAAUAUAAUAAUCAGGGUAUAACAGACGUGUCCUGUUUCUAGUUGUUUCUGUGGUCGCAAGAAGUUUUUACUGCCUUUCUACAUACUUUGUAUACACGUGGCUCAAAUGGAUUCUUCCACCCAUCUUUCAUAAUUUUAUUUGAAAAGUCCGUUUUGGUGUAAAUCGCUUUGGGGUAAAUUUUUACUAGGCUGUAUAGUUUUAACAAUUGUCAUGUAUGCUCAUUGUUGUACGGUCUACAAUGCUUUAUGGUAAUGGGGUCUUUUAACAAUACCGUCUUUCCUCGUUUAAAGAAUGUUUAUAUUUUCCACUCACGAAUGCCGUACCACAAGCUUUGUAUAAUUGCACUUUAUGAUAUACACAUUUUUUUUAUUACGAUGUUUUUUUUAGCUUUUAGUGGACAAACCUGUCGUUGAAUUAAGAGGAAAAUUUUUUGUAUGAUUAGUGAAGCUUGUCUGUGUAUUUUGUUUUACGCGACAAACAUCUGUGGCAGCGUUUUUGAUAAAGCAUAAUAAUUUAAGGCCUUGUUGGUUUCUUGCGAAACCUCAGUCUGGCCAUACUCUUGUUGCAGCAACGUUUUUAUCCAUUUUCUCAAAUACAAUAUGCAGGUAAUUAAAAUCAUCAAGUGAAAAGAUAAUUGUUUUCAUAACAGAAGAGUUAUCUGUAAUGAUAAUCAAAAAUGGCUUUUAAUUAAAAAAAGUUCAGGGUUGUCAGUUGCUGGACUGUAACAAAUUCAUUGGCAUUCUUGUAUGCUUUGAUUUGUGAUUUAAUGGUCAGUGGUUAAGCCUAACUCCAUUGUGAAUACUUUUCCUCAUUUUUGUCUGUCAUCAGUGAAUCCUAUGUCCUUUUUACCGAUAUUGUUAAUUUCUUAUUUUGAAUGUCACACAUAGUGACGAGGGAACUAUUUUGUAUGUCAUUACAGCGUUAUGUAUGUAUAUACAGGUUAGUCCAAUAAAGAUUGUUUUUUGACAAUGAA